AAUCCUUUUUGGCAAGCUUUCGGGCACGCACGCUUUUUCCCUUCUUCAGGCUCGGGGAAAAUUUAAAGAUGGUAAAAGGACCCCAUAGGUAGAAAAUAAACUUUAAAUGAUUCUUUAAAUACCAUUUGCAACAACAGGCUGGCGGGGUGCGCGCGCGCUUGGGAGAGAUGAAGAUGCAUGUCUGCAGGGGAGACUCUUGUGUGGACCCUUCUCUGUUUCCUCUGUGAAGUGUCUGUAACUUGAGCCCAGGCUCCCCUGACCCCUUUGUGCCUCUGUUUCCUUGGACACCAGAGGCAGGAAAUAACUAGUACCAAACACAACACACUGCAGCCGGACUCCAGCCUCCUGCUCCAGGGCCCUCUGCCUGGGAUCAUGAAGGAUCUACUGACCACACGAGACCAGGAUCGCUGGAAGGAGUUGAUUGAGAAGGAGUUAUUCAGUAGAGUCGGCUGGAACACCAAAUACGGGCACAAAUUUCCCAGGCUCCAGCCCUGCAGUGGUCCCAAGAGGAAAUGCUUUCUGCCGACUAUCUUCUCCCCCAGGCAGCAGGAGGAAGGGACCAGUCCCUUCAGGAAUCAGGGGGAGGGAACUGGUUUCAAGAAAAAUGGGAUAAGCCAUCAAGAGAGGCAGCCAAAGGAUGUUGGCCUUCCCAGGAAGCAGGAAGAGGGGGUUCAGGAGCCCCUUCUUCCAGAGAUGAGACCUGCAUCCCCAGGAACAAUGCGUCUGCUGUACCAGGGCAUAUCCCGGGAGGGCAAAGGGAGGCACCUGUAUCUGCAGGAGAGAAAGCAGAAGAGCCCAGAGGAUAAAUUCUCUUAUCCAAUGCUGUCAUCCUGGGAGUAUGGCUGGCGCUUAGGAGGCGUCCUUACAGAAGGCAAGGCUCCAGCGCAUGCCAAGUCUAGAAUUGUAAGGGAUACUUUCUACAUCAAGAAUGGAAUCUUCCACCAUCCAUCAAAAAGUGACAAGUUAUCGUGAGCCUUGAUGUUUGCUGUGUAUAUUAGUAAUGCAGAACUGUGGGCUUGUUGCCUAGCAGGGCUGUUUGUUUUUAAGUCAAGUUAUGUAAACUCAGUAACGAUUUCCCUCUUUAAUUGCCCAUUCUAUGGGAAAGAAGUUUUAAGGUUUCUUACUCAGACCCUCCUCUACUUACUACAUAAUUUAACUUUCAAACUUAUUUUAAAUGCACUUUUUGGACUUACUUGCAUGUGCCAGAUAAACUGUCUCUUGGUUUGAUACGAAACCAUAGAUUUUCCUCUGCUUCUUUGUUUUUAUUUGUCCUUUUUAAAGACUCUACAAAUUAAUGAGUCUAGAGGUUACUUGUGUAGAGCUAAACAACAGGCACCGAGUCAAACAACACUCAUUCAGGGAAAGACGUAAUACAUUUGUAGGUAGUAAAAUGUCUAAAAAUGGUGCUUCUAAACUAAAUAUUCUGUCAUUUUAUAUAGUGUCUAAUAACCUCAGGCUUUCACUGCAAUUUGGUAGUCACUUGAAGUCUCCUUUAAUGUCUUUCCAGGGCUAUAAAUUACUAGAGAACCUAACUAUUAUGGGGUCUCCAAAGAUCAGUAGCUUCUAAAACAACACCAUAUUUUACCCUUAAAUGACUCGGAUGUAAACAUGGGAGUCUGAAACCAUGAGUUUUCAUCUCUUUCUGGUACUUAAUUUCUUUCCAAUUUUGGGCUAGUUACUUAACUGUUAUAUCUGUGUUUGUGAAAGCACUUGAGGAAUGAAACAUGGUUAACUCUUUUUAACACAGCAUCUGAUGAAGUAAACUUACAAAAGCUUAUGGUGUACAUCUCUGAUUUAAUUGGUCUGUAAUGUGCCAAUCUACUCUGCCUUGUGCCCAGCUCUUUUUUGUCAUUAAAAUCAG